GUGACGUUUCUGUCAUGAAGAUAGAACUUCAGAUCGUCUUGAAACGAGUAGGCAAAUGUAUAUUUGUUAUAGUAUUUAAUUUAUUAUGAGUGUUUUCACAUUGGUUAACUAAUAUAAUAUAUUGUUUAUAACGAAUUUAAAUAUUAAGCGGUUUUGUUGCUGGUGGCGUCAGUAAAAUUGCCAAAAAGUUCUGCCUGAAAACACGCCGCUGCAACGUCAAGUUAGCCAAAUUCAUCAUCGUCACCAAUUAGAAACAAGUAAAAGAAAACAAAAAAUAUACUAAAGAGAGACGAACCGAACAUAUAGCGCUAUGGCUCAGCUGCGGUGGAGUCCGCCAACGAUAUUCUUUGUGAUACUACAAAUAAUUGGCCUAAGUCAACAAUUUUAUUUGCCAGGGCUAGCACCGGUCAAUUAUUGUAAAAAAAGUGAAGUUUCAUCAAUAUGCGUUUCGAACGUUACGCUAUUUGUAAAUCGUUUAAAUACGGAAGAAUCAAAUUUACCUUAUGAAUAUCAUCACUAUGACUUCUGUGUGGGAAAUGAACAAAACUCUCCUGUUGAGAAUUUGGGCCAAGUUGUAUUCGGCGAACGCAUACGUCCAGGUCCAUAUAAAAUAGAAUUUUUGGAAGAUGUUGACUGUGAAGUGGUCUGUAAACGCAAUUAUACCGGUGGUGAUCCGGAUAGUGACCGACGUAUGAUGGUAUUGAAAACGGGCAUCAGUCUAAAUUAUCAACAUCAUUGGAUUGUAGAUAAUAUGCCAGUCACAUGGUGUUAUUCCUUAGAAAAUGAAAAGCAAUAUUGUAAUACUGGUUUCCCAAUGGGUUGUUUAGUACCUCCAGAUAGCGCAGAUGGUUGUGCUAUUAAUUCAAAUUACAACAAACGUGGAUAUUAUUAUUUGUUCAAUCAUGUCGAUUUACAAAUUAAUUAUCAUAGCGGCUUUUCUGAAGAGAAAAGUUUAGGGCUUGACGCUAAUGGUGGACGUAUUAUAUCAGUGAAAGUACAACCACGCUCUAUAAAUCAUGCAGAUCCUAAUAAGCCAGUUUGUAAAAAUGCAGAACCAUUGGCGAUAAAGAGCAGUUCUUUAGUAAAAGGUGAACGUCUUACAAUUGUUUAUACUUACAGUGUCAAAUUUGUUAAGAAUAACACUGUUAAAUGGUCAUCACGUUGGGAUUACAUUUUGGAGUCAAUGCCACAUACGAACAUUCAAUGGUUCUCUAUACUUAACUCUUUGGUCAUUGUACUCUUCUUAUCUGGUAUGGUUGCUAUGAUUAUGUUGCGUACAUUACACAAGGAUAUAGCACGUUAUAAUCAAAUGGAAAGUGGCGAAGAUGCACAAGAAGAAUUUGGUUGGAAAUUAGUUCAUGGUGAUGUCUUCCGACCACCACGUAAGGGUAUGCUGUUGUCAGUAUUUCUUGGUUCUGGAGUGCAAGUUACAUGCAUGACUCUGAUUACAUUGGCGUUUGCAUGUUUGGGAUUCCUUUCGCCAGCAAAUCGUGGUGCCCUUAUGACAUGCUCCAUGGUUUUGUAUGUAGCUUUGGGAACACCAGCUGGUUAUGUUUCGGCACGUAUUUACAAAAGUUUUGGUGGCAUUAAAUGGAAAAGCAAUGUUAUUCUAACUUCUAUGUUAUGCCCUGGUAUUGUGUUUUGUAUGUUCUUCGUUUUGAAUUUAGUACUUUGGGGAGAAGGAAGCUCUGGAGCUGUGCCUUUUAGUACAUUAAUAGCAUUAUUAGCAUUGUGGUUUGGUGUUUCUGUCCCAUUAACAUUUGUGGGAGCUUACUUUGGAUUCCGUAAAAGGGCUUUGGAACAUCCGGUGCGUACUAACCAAAUUCCGCGUCAAAUUCCAGAUCAGUCAAUCUAUACACAACCAAUACCUGGCAUUAUAAUGGGUGGCGUUUUACCUUUUGGCUGUAUAUUUAUACAACUCUUUUUUAUAUUGAGUUCAAUCUGGUCUAACCAAAUGUAUUAUAUGUUUGGUUUCCUAUUUUUGGUAUUUCUUAUUUUGGUCAUUACAUGUUCAGAAACCACAAUUCUUUUGUGCUAUUUCCAUUUGUGUGCAGAGGAUUAUCAUUGGUGGUGGCGUUCAUUCUUAACGUCGGGUUUUACUGCAGUAUAUCUGUUUAUAUAUUGCUGUCAUUAUUUCUUCACAAAAUUGCCAAUCAAGGGUGCUGCUUCAACAUUUUUAUACUUUGGUUACACCACAUUAAUGGUAUUUCUAUUCUUUUUGCUCACUGGCACAAUUGGAUUCUUUGCAUGUUUCUGGUUUAUACGAAAAAUUUAUAGUGUCGUUAAAGUUGAUUAAAACCGUAUAGCUUAUAUAAAAGCCAUUAUAGCGAAUGGGGACGCAUUUAAGAUGAAUAAGAUAUGUGAUUUCAGAGUUGGUUUAUAAAAUAGGAAAACUGUUUUACAUUCUUUCAUAAAUUUUCCUUUUUUAAUAUGAAGAAAAAAAAACAAAAUCAAAUUUGAAAAAAUGAAUAU